UAUUAAUCUCGAGCGCAAAGUACUGCACACUGGUGAACAGAGCGAGGGCGAUUAGUAACGUCAAACUGAGUUGAUUUCUGUAACCUGGUUACUUGACCCCGUUUGGACUUUUUGUUGUCGCCAGCGUGACGGAAUUCAGAAUGAAGUAUCUGAAUGCUGUACUGGAUUGACCUGGCCAUCGUUUUGCAAUGAUGAUGUUACCGACAUUGCCUCAGAUUUCAACAGAAAGGUACAAGACACCAAUUGACAGCUACAGCCUGUCUUCCUCUGGGAACUACCCAGAAGAAAACGACGAGACUGCGAGCAGCGACUCUCUCCUUGACGCACACUCCGAGCCCUUCUCUAGCACCCAGAGCUGGUUGCCCAUGAGCAGUCAGCACCAAAUGGCCGAUGCUGACCACCACAGAGUAGCAGGGACCCAGUCCUGUUACAACCCCUUUCGGCAAAGCAUGGCACAGCAUCUCCACAGCAGUUACCAGAGCCACUUCCAUAGUCCCAUGGAAGAGUGCUGUGGCUGUUUAGACAUGCAUGCCGGAGCCUGGCCCAGCAUCAGCUUCAGCAGUGGAUGUGGCUCCAGUGGGGCUAACCCCAACAGCCUGGCUUCCUGCCCGCCCUCUGAACACUAUAUGAGCUAUCAGAGACAGGACUGCACCAGUCAGUCACAUGCCUCCUCUCCUGCUGUGGGCAGCUAUAGCCUCAGCAUUAGUCACCUGGAGCCGCCCUUGUCCUUGCAUUCCUUGCCCCCCACCGGGACCGCUAACCCCUUUGUGCAGUCGUACCCCUGCAGACCCCCAGCAUGCUGCCCUCAGUAUCCUGUCGAUGAGUUCAGCAUGCAGCCUUCCCAUCCUCCUGGAUACCACCUCCCCAGAACACCAGGUGCCCCUUGCUGCAGACCUCCUGGAAUUGGCACCACUCAGAGAGCACACACCACAACAGAACCCUCCAAAACAAAUGGCAUGUACAGCAGGCUCCUCCCUCUGGAACAGAGGAAGGUCUUUGUCACGUAUGAAGCAGACAGUGAAAUGCACGUUCGUGAAAUCUUACACUUUGUCUCUUUGCUGAGGGGGAAUGGAUUCGACACACAUAUUGACCAGUUUGAACAGCAGUAUAGGAGCAUAAGCAAAAUUGACUUCAUGGAAAAAUACAUCAGUGAGAAAGACUACUUGAUUAUUAUAGUAAUCAGCCCCAAGUAUUAUGAAACUGUCAAACCAUGUCAGUAUAACAAUAUAAAGAAUGACGAGAGUGCCUUGCAUACAGUUUACAUCUACAAACAGCUACAAAAUGAGUACAUCCAGAAUGGCAGUAAAAAUUUCCGCUUCAUUCCUGUUCUCUUUCCUGGAGCAAAGAGGAGCCAUGUCCCUUCCUGGCUGCAGAACACCCACGUGUAUCACUGGCCCCAAGACAUGCAAGACAUCCUGCUGCGUCUGAUGCGUGUGGAGAAAUACAACCCCCCGCCCGUCGGGAAGCUCCCCACCAUCUUCUCUAAGCGCAUUUAGGACCUGCGCGAAAACACCGGCUGUGAUCAACUUCACUUCUGAGAGCAUACUGUUUUAUGAGACUUCAGGUGUACGUAAUCUCUGUUCUUUUAGAACAGUGGUUUUCAACCAUUUUAAAACAGUACCCCUUUCUUCUUGAGUUUUCAGCCCAAGUACCCCUUUACAAUUUUCGCUCCACUGAAUGGUACCACGGUUGCAAUACAAAGCAGAAUAAUCUGAUUAACACAUUCAUUUUUUCCUGUUUAUUUAAUGUAUCAAAUAUGUCAUUAGGACUGACAAACUGCUGGUUUAGGACAGAAUGCUAAACAGUAAUUAUUAAAACGUUUAAUCACUGGACUUUAAAUGCACAGAAUCAAAAGACAGUAUUUGGAAAUCUCUUCACACAUACUCGCUUUCUAUUUGGCAAAGUUAUAAAUAAUCUAAAAUAGUCUGCACUGUAAAUGUUUAUCAUGUUACCUUUUACUUCCCAUCUCAGCAUAACAAGAGCGGCUCGUGACUUUUUUUAGACAGGUGAGCCACAAAUCACAAAACAGUUAUUACCAUCCCCACCCAAUGGCUGACGUACUAAAAGUAAAAUGACUUUGUUCAGCUGAUUUGGUAUGCCUCUGCUGAGAGCAU